GAUAGAGAGAAAAUGAAGCGCUCUUGGCUGUGGAGAUUUUUAAUACUGCUGCAAGUUUAUGUUUUAUGUUUGGUUCCCGCGUCAGGUCAACAGUGGAAGAACAUUAGAGACACGAUUUCUGAUGCUGUUAAAGGGCACACUCCAUGCAACCCAGUCAACUGUAGCUGCCAUCUAAGUGUCCUACAAGAUGACUUGCGGCCCUUUAAAGGCAGAAUCUCUGAGGAUCUCAUGGCUGCAACUGUUCAGAGAGGGGUGGGCACCCACUAUCAGAUCAUCGGACACAAGUUGUACAGAGAACACAACUGUAUGUUUCCUGCCAGGUGCAGUGGGGUGGAGCAUUUCAUCUUGGAGGUGAUUGACAGGUUACCUGACAUGGAAAUGGUGGUAAAUGUCAGGGAUUACCCUCAAGUCCCCAGCUGGAUGCAGCCAACCCUGCCUGUCUUCUCUUUCAGUAAGACGGCAGACUAUCAGGACAUCAUGUACCCUGCAUGGACGUUUUGGGAGGGAGGGCCUGCUGUGUGGCCCAUAUACCCCACUGGACUGGGUAGAUGGGAUCUAAUGAGGGAUGACCUUAAAAAGUCUGCAGCACAGUGGCCAUGGAAACAGAAAGAGUCCAGAGGAUUUUUCAGAGGCUCCAGAACCAGUCCAGAACGCGACCCUCUGAUUCUUUUGUCCAGAGAAGCUCCAGAGCUGGUGGAUGCAGAGUACACAAAAAACCAGGCCUGGAAGUCUGAGAGGGACACACUAGGGAGACCCCCAGCCAAAGAAAUCCCCCUGGUCGAUCACUGCAAAUACAAAUAUUUAUUCAACUUCCGAGGUGUGGCAGCCAGUUUCCGCCUCAAACACCUCUUCCUCUGUGGUUCCCUGGUGUUUCAUGUGGGGGAUGAAUGGCAGGAGUUUUUCUACCCUCAGCUCCAGCCCUGGGUCCACUACAUCCCAGUCCAGCAGGAUCUCUCUGAUGUCAGGGAACUCCUGCAGUUUGUCAAAGAGAAUGAUGACAUUGCACAGGAGAUUGCCACAAGGGGUAAAGAAUUCAUCCUCGACCACCUGCGGAUGCAAGAUGUGUCCUGCUACUGGAGGAGACUCCUCACUGAGUUCAGCCGUCUUCUCACCUACAAACCCAAAAGAAAGAGUAACUACAACCAGGUUGUCCACAGACCUAGCAAGACGGAGCUAUAAGCGUGAGACUCUGCAGGACCAGGGCACCUGUAGUGAAGGGAAACUCUAGAUAAUGAAUGUAAUCACUGCAGUACUACGUAGUAUUUUCUUCAAUGUUACAUGUUAGUUUUGGCAAAAGCUCAUCUAAAGUCAAAAGCUUUGUCCAGGUAGUUCUCACAUUUAUGUCCGUUGAGUCCAGUGUUUUAGUCUCAAGUGCAGCACAGUUGAACCAUGUGUUACUGUUACAGGGCACAAAGCUUGGUAUUCCACAGUCAAAAGUAUAGUUUAGUAUGUUGACUGUGGAUGCUGCCAUACCUUCAGGUGCCACUAGAUGUCUUACAUGCCAACUCUUAGUCAUUUAUCACUCUGGUUCAUUUAGUGGAUCAGUUUUUAUGGCUGCUGUCUACACUCAAUCAAAGUAACAUCUACUAUAUGUUAGCUGUGUUUUAAGACUUCAUCAAGUUCAGUUUGCUCAUCAUGACAAAUACUCUUCAGCCCCUAAAAAAAGGAGUAUGAUGUCUUCUGUGGCUCUGAAGGGACAGAAAAUGACUAGUGAUAUCAUUGGGGUUAUUUUGUCUUCGGCUUGGAGACUACACUUUUCUUUUUAGGAAAAGCUACAUCUUAACUGGGGCUGUGGUGUUUGAAUAAUAUGGUAGGGAGUGUCAAAUGAAAUAUCAUCUGACUUUUUUAAAAACAAAAAAAUCUGUCUCAUGAAUUGUUGGAUUGACCCUUAAACAUGUUUUGUAAAGACUUUAUGUUGUUUUGUAACAUUAAUCACGAAUAACUGGGCUUAAGACAGAUUUUCAUGAGAAUCAGACUACUUGCAGAAAGCUGCUUAAAAGUGUAACUAUUUUUUGUUUUGAAUUUGUAUUUGAGCAUCAACUUGGUUACCCCUAGUGACGUGCGAGGACUAAAUGUGAGAAGUUCAGUGCCUUGCUCAACUUAAAUCUGGCCUGGCGACCACUCACCAAAAUCUAAUGAAGAUAUUGCCCUUUCAGCUGUGAAGCAACUAAAACUCAGCUUUUAGGUACUUGAAGUGUGAGGUUGACUUUCAACUGGUGCUCAAAUAUCCAUGCAAGAUGUGCCAAUAAUAUUAAUCACAAAUGCCAUGUUGUUACAUUUGCAAUGCAGCCAAUUGUACUGUAAGGCUUCCCGGAAACAGUGCACCACAUGGAACACUUGUUUGCAAUAUCUUGAUCUGGGUUUUUUGUAUGAAGAAAAUAUGGGAGAUAUUCUACCCAAGCACCCUGAUAUUUACUCAAUUUAUCAAUGGAAAUCAAAGUAAUGGGGAGCCUUACACAGGAGCUUUGCUACCCUCUACUGGACAACUGAAGGAACUCCAGUAGCCCUUCACCAAAUGUCAUUGCAACAUGUCCAUGUACUGUUUGAUUUACUUGUCAGUGUCUGCAUUUGGAUGGGUUCUGCCAUACCUCUGAUAACUUGAAAGCACAAAAGAGUCAUUCAGAGCCACCACUUCAUUCCACACUAAGUGCCAACAGUUAGCAAUAAUAACAGAGUAAAUAUUUCAUGUGCAGAGUUUCCUAAAAAGAAAAACACUCUUAAUGGUUUUUACCUCUUGAAAAGAAUGUGUCUAAUGUUGACAGGUGAUAGAUGAUGUAAAGUUGAUGCAGGAUAAUGUUGAAUAUGUUGUAGUAUUCACAUUGUGCUGUGAACAACGAGAUUCUCACUGAUGUAAGAUUAUUUUUUACACUAUUGUAAAGAACUGUGGUAAUAAAAAAAGCUGGUCCAUUAGUAUGAAUUGAAUAUGAGUUGAAUUGACCAAAAAGCUGUGAUGCUGCGCCUGGUCAGAGUGUAACAUCCAGGUUGUUGUGGCUUGUGCAGCAUUUUGUUUUUGUGUCAAUAAAAAGUUUGUCUCUUGAAACAUC